CUUUCACCUUUGACCUCACAACGGCGGGAAAAGAUUGUGAUACGGACCCAGUUGUGUACACUUUAGAAGAAAGUGGAUCAUAUUCUGCAAUUAAGAAGUCAUAUUCCGGUACUUUGACAGGAUAUUUGUGUGUAGGAUAUUCAAAAUGCCCCCAAGAAAGCGGAGAAAAAUCGAUCACAAGCCAAAAUCUUCCUCCAAGACCAGUUCCCAUGACAACAAGGACACACCCACCUACUCCCAUUGGCUAAUGAAGUCAGAACCAGAGACUAGGCUUGAGAAAGGGGUGGAUGUGAAGUUUGGGAUCACAGAUCUACAAGCUGAGCCCGACCAGACGGCAUGCUGGGAUGGAGUCAGGAACUACCAGGCCCGUAACUUCAUGCGAGACCAGAUGAGGAUGGGACACAAAGCUUUCUUCUACCACAGUAACUGUAAGGAGCCAGGAAUAGCAGGCAUAGUAGAGAUUGUGAAAGAGUCCUACCCAGACCACACCCAGUUUGACAGUAAGGACCCACACUAUGACAGCUCUUCAAAGAAAGACAACCCAAAAUGGUUCAUGGUAGAUGUGAAGUUUGUGAGGAUGAUGAAACGUUUCAUCCCCUUGUCGGAACUGAAGGCCCUGCAUUUGGAGCACAAGUCAACAGGGGGCGCUCUCCAGAACAUGGCUCUGUUUACCAGAGCAAGGCUGUCUGUUCAGCCUGUGAGCAAAGAGGAGUUUGACUUCAUCUUGAGUCUGGAGAGUAAGAAGACAUGAGACAUCAGUGGCUACAUAAGAACUACCUCUGUAAGCUUUAAAAACUUCUCAAUGGUUGUUUUUGUUUGUUUGUUUAGCAUAACCGGUAAACCGCCUUUAGGCGUAACACACCAGUUUUGUACAUGUACACACAUGUACAAGCUGCAUAAGACCAGACUGUAACAUUGUUCUCCUAGUGGCAUUUCAAAUGUUUGGUGCCAAUAUAGACAUUAGAUUUAUGUUUUACAACUAACUGCAAUUACUUUGAAACCUGUUCUGGUUUCCCUCUUAUUCUAUGUAAUUGUUAUAGCGCUAUUCUAUAUUUCUCUUCAGAACAAUUUCCAAUCAAAUUAUUUUUUCAACCGGAAAUUUUCCAGCUGACUGAAAAUCAUUAUGUGCAAUUACGUUGACAGGCUUUGAAAUUGCAGGUGCAGCUGGGUUACUGUAAAUUCACUUAUUUUUGCAUGACCUGAUUUUGAAGUAGACGCACAGUGUUUUAAGUUGAGGUUUGAAACAAAGCAUUAAUACGUUAGUAAUACAUCAUAAAACACUUUUUACGGUGUUCAAAUAACUGUGACUUUAAAAUAAAACCAUCAGAAAUAUUUCA